AUGGUGUAUUUCUUGUACUUUGCACCUAGCGCUUUCCAAGGUAUUCUUUUUGACAUAUGCGCAAUUCUUUCUGGUGUGUGGGUGAAUUUAUUGGGCAUUGUUGCUGGAUUUUUCAUUAUAAACACUGUUAUGUACGUGUUGGAGGCAUUCCCUUCGACGAGGUUCAUAGUCGCCAAAGUAGAAAAUAUGGCUUAUAUUGGUCCAGUAGUACUGGAUCGGAGAUAUCAAAUCAAAGUUGUCCUAACAGUCACCCUGGUGAUGUCGUUAUUGAUGUGGCUCGGUAGCGACAAAAUCGUUGUCAAACACGGCUUCACUGGAUCAAAUGGAUCGUUCAAAAUUGCCCUAGUAUCAGACAUUCAUGCUGGUGCAAGUGUUCAUAGAGAUCAAGUUUCCAAAGUAGUUGAUAAGCUUCUUGAUCUUCAUGUUGAUGCAGUGGCUUUGGUCGGUGACAUGGUUGACGGGUCGCUACGAAGCUUGGAAGGCCGAAUGGAUGCUGCCUACAGAUACCGCACUUACUUUGUCUCAGGAAAUCAUGAGUAUUACUACGGUAAUGCUAUGGAAUGGUUCAGAGAAUAUGAUCGCCGCGGAAUCCGUGUGUUGAAUAACAAGUGCGAUAUGUUCCAUGGUAUUUGUAUUGUGGGUGUCAAUGACGUUUCAAGUGGAAAAUCAGGAAUACCCAACCAUAGCAUGAAUCUUACGGAAGCUAUGAAAAAUUGUAGCGAAGGUUCUUCACGAAUUGUCUUGUCUCACAAUCCAGCUAGCGUAAAAAGCUUCUCUUCUGAGGAUUUGGAGAAAGUCGACGUGGUUUUGUCAGGCCAUACCCAUGCAGGACAAUACUAUGUCCUUUUACCAAUAAUCCCGUGGAUAUUGCCCUAUUUUCAUGGUCUGUACGACAUUGGCCAUGGGAAGCUUGUUUGUCUCCGCAGGCACUCUUUAUCAGGUGUGUACUGGCGUGCACCUAACCGG